CACCCCCUGCAGCACAGCACCCCCUGCGACAUGGAACCCCCUGCACGCCAUCACCCAGGCCUGCAGCAUGGGGGAGCUGCUGCAGUGCAGCUGUGCGGCGACGCGGAGCCGGGCGCCUCCCCUGCCCACGGCCGGCCCGGGUGCCGAGGGCUCUGCCUGGGAGUGGGGUGGCUGCGGGGACGACGUGGAGUUCGGCUACGAGAAGUCCCGGCAGUUCAUGGACGCCAAACGGAAGAAGGGCAAGAGCGACAUCCGCACCCUCAUCGACCUGCACAACAACGAGGCUGGGCGCUUGUGCGGGCGCGGCCACCGCGCCGAGACCCUGGUGCUGGAGGAGAACUGCCUGUGCCGCUUCCACUGGUGCUGCGUGGUGCAGUGCCGCCAGUGCCGCGUGACCAAGGAGCUCAGCCUCUGCCUCUGAGCCGGCUCCUGACACCGGGUGCCCGGCAGCUCCCUCUCUCCGGACGCGGGCGCUGGGGGAGGGGCUUGGCCAGGCCCCGCCC